UGGAAAAAUUAAAGAAAAAUAUGUCUGAAUGUUUCUUUCUAUCGAAUUUUUCCACUGAGUCCCUUAGAAACUCAUACUAAGUUAGUAUACCAGACUAAAAAAGGAAGUUCGGAAAAACAACAAAAAAAUACAAAAUUCAUGGCGUUACACCCGUAUGUCCCUUCCAAAGGACAUCAUGUAUCCACGCAGCACAGCAACAUUACUUAAGUCCAGACAUAACAAGGAUGUACCGAAGAGCUGUAAGCUUCAAUCCAGUAGUUAUUUCAGCUGCAGCUAUAAUAAAAGUGUCCUCGGGUGUAAAGGGUUAAUAAAAUACGAAAUUAAAGUAUCUUCCCUUUUAAUCGAAUUCACCAGAGUAAGAUUAAUAUUUACACUCUCGCGAGGAUCAGCAAGUGCAGUCAGAAAGGAAGGAAGAUUGUAUAAAAUUGAAAAUUUUUAUCCGAUUUUUUUCAGAUUUUGUUCAUCUAGAACAUUACGUUUUUGUUUUGUUAAAACUUGGAAAUUUCACGUUUCAUUUUUUGCUGCCUCUUGCGCAAGCAAAUUGAGGCCAGUUUUUUUCAAUAUCUAUGCUGAAAACUGCUGGCAGUAUGCUAUUGGGUACACCUAGUACAACAGUUUGAUAAAUUUCCUUCAUUUGUCAAUAAAAUAUUUUCCUUAUAGUGACGUACGCAUACAUUUUCAGGGAUCCUAGAUCAAAUCACUAUUCUCUAAAAUAGCCUAAUUAUACGUAAAAUAGAAUAGAGAAUCUAAAUUUACAAAAGAACAUUAUCAAAACAGAAAGUUGACCGACUGUUAGAUUCACUAACGAUGAGCUCAUUUUAACUUGAUUUUAAACGAUUUAGAAGAUAUCUAAAAGUAGAAAAAUGUCGAGAGCUGUCAAAAACACGUCGUCAUUGUUUAUUUACAGUACACUAGUCUCAAUCUCUGACUUCUUGACAAAGUUUAAGGUUCUCCAUCAUCACUAUUUGAGCACACUUUUGAUUAACGGCUAAACUACAUUACUGUCUUAGAAUUCAGCAACGAUUCAACUUGUGUCUUUAAAACUUGAACAAAAAACAUAGUUUAAUUUAAUAAAUAUUAUUCAAUAAUCAAGAAGUAUAAAAUAGAAGAUCUUCUAUUACUAUUUUUUCAGAGAUCUCGCCAAGAAAAACCAGUACCUGAAAAGUGAGUUUCCUAAAUCUUCUCUUUCGUAUGUCCAAGAAAACAUCAAAUUUCGUUGAGUAUAUAAAUUUUUACAAUGUAGUAAUCAGUAUUGAAGACCUUUAAAGGAUACUUUUCUACUCUGCUGUCGAGUCAGUCAACAUUCUAGACAAAAUUCUAUGCAUUUCCAGUCUGUUUCCUAUAUUUAUAUAUUUAGGAUCUCGUAAACUUCCUAGCAGGAGCUUAGACGCUAAAAUCCUGCUAGGAUUUCACUUAGAUUUGUCCGAGAUUCUAACAUAAACUUUAUAAAUUCUACAACUUUCGGUUAUCUCUAUUAGCAUUCUAUAGAAUUUUAUUAGCAUCCUGAAGCGAAAUACUAGUAGAUUUGUGGUAGGAUAUAUCUAGGAUUCUGUCAGGAAAUUCAUAGAUCUCGUUCUGCAGCAGAAAAUAAGUUAAACGUUAUUGACCAAUAUCCGAUGAAAUUUGAUGUGUUCUAGGAGAAUUAAGAAUAAGAAAGAAUUUUUAGAUCAACGUAAGAUUCUGUUUAUGUAAAAUAAGACUACAAGACCAAUCUGACUAUUUAUGUAAUAUAUACUUCGAUUUUCUAAAAAAAUUCAAGAUAUAUUCUUGACAAAAGUCCUUAUACUAGUCUGAUAUCAGACAUUUCUAUGCUUCGAAAAAAGAUAAAACUUGUUUAUUUUGCGACAUACUAUGAGAAUCUUAAAUGAUGAACUUUUAUUCGAUAACUCUAAAUAAAGAAGAUAUGUAUUUUAUAAUAAUGCACGUGUACAUUGAUUACUAUUUACUUAGACAUCGUAACGGUAUUAUACAUUGCUGUAUACGAUUAGAUAACAAAAUGUAGAACAUUGUUUACGUAUUAUUCUUGAUCAGUUCGAAUUAAACAAAGAGAAAAAUUUUGUUCUCGCAACUGGUUUGUAUUAUCCCGUUAAGUGAGAAUAUGUUUUUUUUAUUCCCACGAAUAUGAAAGACAACAAAGAAAGAAAUCUUACAUCCUUUCGACAUGUAAACGCGCAUUGAACAAAAAUGUUGACAUUUCUAUUCACCUUUUUCUUUUUUUUUGAACACUACUCCAUUGUAUGCGUAUGUGUAAGCCGAGACAAACAAAAGUUAGUCCAAAAGAAAACAAAUUGCGAUGGUGGGUAUGCAAUUAAUUAAAUGUGUACAAUUCACUUAUGUUCAAAGUAGAAAUGAUAAAUACUAAAAUGUUGAAUAAAACAUAGUUAAUUGUGUGAGGAAAAAAUUAGUGGUCAAAAGAAACGAAAAACAUUCCUUUCUUUUAAUUUUAACUGUAAAUUAUUUAAUGUAAAUUCAAACGAGGUACAAAUUAAUAAUUUCAUUAUCAUCAAGAUAUUGUUGAUGUGUAAAACGUAGCAAUCAAGAAAAUAUCAAAAAUCUUUUCUUCAGUUUUAUUAUUUGUGCAUUUAUUUGUAUGCUCCUGUAGGAAUAGUAUGGAUGAGCUAUGAGAAAUGAAUGGUGUAUUAUAUACUUAAUUGGUAAGUUUGUCUAUCUUCAACUGCUUAAAUUCGUCGUAUUGUACGAUGAGUGGUUAUUUUUUCAUUCAUAAUAUUUUUCUUUUAUUUAUUAGUAAUCAUUUGUGUCAUUCAUGUUUAUGAAAGUAAAACCUUCAAUGAAUUAUUACAUAAAUAUAGUUUUAAUUUUACAACUGCAAAAUCGCUCAGAACUGUGAACAACACAAUAUUAUUGAGGCAAAAAUCAAGUAAAAACUUGACAUUAUUAAAAUUAUUAGUAUCAACGAAUGAACCAUACAAUCAAAUACAAUAUAUUGAAACGCCGAUUAAUUCAGCAACAACGAUAUCGACCAAGUGGAAUACGCAAAUUACUUCAACUUAUUUGGAACGCAAUCAAACAGAAAACACUCAAAACACUUACACGAGUAGUGCACCAAUAGUGACAAAACCAAAUUCAUAUAUAUUAAAUGAAGACGAUUAUUCAGAUGAAGAACUUAAUGACGGAGAAGGAAAACGAGUUAAACGAGCUUUCACUUGCAAAGUUGACGGCUAUUUUCCAGAUUACAACAACUGUCGAAUCUAUCAUAUGUGCAACGCUGGUAUAGAUACAGCCGUUGUAUGCGGAGAAGGAACAGCUUGGGAUCCAGAGAAGAAAAAUUGUGGCUGGACCAAUACUGUUGAAUGUAGAAAUGGCAUAAGAAAAUGGGAAAAAAUUACUGACAUACGAGGAAUGACAUUGUUUUCGACUGAUCCAGCGCGUGCAUGGCGAAACAAAAAGAAGUCAACAACAAAGCGGACAGCAUUAAAAGUUGAUAGUAAUUAUACGUGCGAAUAUGAUAGCGAAGGAUAUUUUCCUGAUCCAAAGUACUGUCAUGUUUAUCAUUAUUGUGCUGUGGGUGUACACAUGCCAAUAGCAUGUGGUGAGGGUUUAUGGUAUAGUACAAAAGAUGAUGGAUGUAAAGCAGGUCACUUGUAUACGUCAUCAACGUUACCAAGUGUAAGUGAGGGAAAUUAUACGUUACCAAAUCGGCGUCCUGGAAAUAUUUAUUCGACCAUUGAAUGUCCAAAAGGCGUAUCAAAAUAUUUCGAAGAUCCGUAUGAUUGUGCAGCAUAUCAUUUUUGCAAUGGUGGUAAAGAUACUGUUAUGUUAUGUGAACCCGGACUCUACUAUCAUAAAGGCGAAAAUCGAUGUCCGGCAAGCGGACAACGAAUGAGGUUUGUUGAUCCCUCAAGUUGUUGCCAAUAUUUCGAGUGUAUAACUGGUCAAUUGAAAGAACAAAUUUGUCCGCCUUAUAAAUUAUUUUCAACAUUAUCGAAAAGUUGUGAAAGCUAUCAAGUUGUUGUAUGUGGAACGCGUACAGAGUGUAUCGUGCCGUGUGAUUAUGAUCAUAGUCCAUUAUGCGCAUUCAAACCAGUUUGCAAAGACUUAUUAGAUGGUCAUUAUAUCGAUAAAUAUCGUCCAUCGUGUCAGUUUCAUUAUACAUGUUUGGAUAAACGUACACAUAAUUAUACAGCGUGUGAAUAUGGUUAUCGUUUCAGUGAAGACAAAAAACAAUGUCUUUUAGCGAAAAAUGUUAAAUGUUCAAGCACAAGUGAUCAACAAAUAUACGAAAUAAUGACUGCUCGAGAUCAAAUACGAGCUAUGCUCGAUCAACUGAUGGGGUCACAAGAUGGAUCUACGAAGGCCAAUGUUCCAUUCAGUGAUCCACGAGUGUGUCGUCCAUUUCUUCUUGGUUGUUGUCCGCAUGAAAUUUUGUCUGGGACACGUGUCGACCUAGGUGAAUGUUCAGAAAUUCAUGAAUAUGCACUUCGAGCCGAUUAUGAACGUGCUGCGAAGGAAAAAAAUUUGUUUUAUGAAUUGGAUGCACUUGAUGUAUUAAAUCGGUUUGUCGUUGAUUGUGAUCGAAAAACCGACCAUGCUAAAAGAAAGCUACGUGAAACACAAGAAGAGCUUGGUGAAGAGGCUGCUCGAAAAAUGAAUGCCAUUCACGAACUCGGUGAACUAGUUGGUGCACAAGGCCUUGUUGAUGAAUCGAUGAAGUUGUUGGAUGAAGUUGAGCAACUAAAACGUCAAAAAUCCGACGCUGAACAUGAAUUUCGUUCAACAAUGCCUGCUUCAACCUAUCAACAACAAAAGCUUCGUGUAUGUGAAGUGUGUUCUGCAUAUUUGGGGAUCCAUGAUAAUGACAGACGUUUAGCUGAUCAUUUUGGAGGAAAAUUGCAUCUCGGUUUCAUACAAAUACGUGAAAAAUUAACGGAUUUGAAAAAACGUGUUAGUGAAUGGAAAGAAAAACGAGAUUUAGAUCGAAAACAGCGAAGAAGUUUCACUCGCACAACUGCCGUACGAAACGACCGUGGCGAUCAACGAAUGGAUCGUACUAGUGGUGGCGGUUUUGCGCGUGAUGAGUAUCGUUCGAGCAAUAGCAGAACUGAUGGUACAAAUGAACGAAUGAAGCACCGAACCAGAAGCAGAAGUCACUCAAGAAGACGUUCUAGUCGUGAUAAACGUCGAUCACGUUCAAGAUCAGACUCAAAAUCACGACAUUCAUCUAAACGAUCUAAACAUUCGAAAUCGUCAUCACAUCGUCGUCAUAAACGUUCUCGAUCGCGUUCACAAUCGCGACAUCGUCGUAGUAAAUCUCGCUCUCAUUCGAAAAAGCAUUCAUCAUCACACCAUCGACACAAACAUGAUAGGCAUCGUAGUUCAAAUUAUUCUUCACCUCCUGCGGCUCAAAACGGCCGUGAACAGCAAGAACGAACGAAAUCUAGUACUAGCGGUACAAAUGAUGAAAAACAAUUAAGAGAUAAUGAAGAAGGCGAAGAAGAUCAGCAAAAUGAGGAUAGAAAAUUGAUGAAAAUAUUGAAAAAGUAUGAAGAUGAAGCUGAAAACGAUAAUGAAUUACAAAAAUCAUCUGAAGUCGUACAGGAGGAGGAUAAUAGCAAUACAAUGGAUUAA